CAAGGUUUUAAUCCGAUGUCAAAAUUGCAAAUGUCAUUUUGACGUAAAAUCAAAAUCGGACUUGUGAAAUUUGAAAUAGUUUUUUUUAAGAAAAGAAUUUAGAAGGUUUUUGUUAAACAUCGGAUUGCAUGAUGGACGCCAAAGAAGAUACAAUCGCUUCCAUCUUGUCUCAAAAGUCCAUUCCGUUUUUUUACAAAUGCAGAAAUGCUGAUUUAAUUCUGACAAGCUCUAAAGAUCUGGGAGAUGAUCUAAAGAUGAGAGAUGUUUACAAUUUGGCCAACCUCUGCCUGGAAAAUCCCUUAACUUUGUGCGCCCAAAGGAUAAUUUCUCGAUGUUUCGACCUAAUGGUGAACCAUUGUGAUCACAAAGAACACCAUUUCAUAUUGGGACCGACCAAGAAUUUUCGAUUAAUCGAUUUAGUGAAAACAGCUUGCGAUAGGGUUGUCAAUGUCAGGAGGGAAGACCAGGGGAUGAGCGACAGGUUUAUGAUUUGUUUAUGCAACCUCAUCUGGAAGGCGAUCUUGCCUUGUCCAAAGGCUUUGGAGAACUUUUUGCGAAUCGGAGGCGUCUUUACAAUUCUGGACGUCAUCGAGAAAAUUCCAAAUCCUUAUCGCAAACCUUGGCUAGGAAUGCUUGUGGAUUUUUGUUACGACAAUGCUGGAAGAAGCGAUUUUGCAAUUUCUGCUCAUGUUCAGGUUUUGGCUUGGAGGGGCAAAAAUGCCAGAAAGGGGAUUUUUGAACUGUUGGCCAAAUUAUACAGGGAUGAAGAAAAUUCAGAAGGAAAACUGUCUGCUGAUCAUCUCAAUUUGAAAAGGUGCGACAUCAAGGACAAAGAAAUGAAAACUGUCACCUCCUACGUGGAACCUUUGAUCGAACGCUGCAAGAUGUCGCCAGGUGAUAUCACACAGAUUGUGGAAUGCGGAGAAAUAGAUGUUUUACCAUUUACUAAUUUACCUUUUAAAAAUUGCAUACGAGCAAAGGUCCAUGCCAUGUUACGAGUCUUAGACAGUUGCGAUGAUAAAGUCCAUGAAGACAUUGUUAAUAGAUAUGGAGUCGAUGGUGGAAAAUCUAGUUUGGACAUCCAUGAUAAAAUCACCCUGUUGUCUGCCAAAAAUUUCGAAUUGUCCUUCAAAAAGCAACUGAUGAACAUCCCUGAUGGUACAGAACUUUCUCCACAUGGUCUUAAUAUGAUGCAAACUUUGGAAAUGAGACGACACGAAGAAAAGGUAUUAAUAAAGGAUAGUUUUUUGAAGACUGCAAAUCGUCUUUCGCUGCUGAAGGAAAAACAGAAGCAAAUCGACUGUUUGAUGGAAUCGAGACCAGUACAAAUUCCUGGUGAAGAUUUUGCUCAGGAUGCACCAGAAACUUUCCAUUUGACGGUUGAUACGAAUAUUGCUGUUACUGUUUUAUAUGUAAAGAAUUGGCUUAAAAGAGCUGAGUGUUUGAACCAAUAA